AUGAGCAGUGGGAAAUAUUUGCCACUUGUAAAGGAACUUUUCAAAGCUUUGAAAUUUAAAUUCAAGGCAAAAGUGCUAAGCGCAGAAGAAGGUCGUGUUAAAGUGGAAAUAGAUGUAUCUGAGGAACUAAUCAACCCAUUUGGAUUUUUACAUGGCGGCUGUACCGCUACUUUGGUUGAUAUGGUCACUACUGCAGCGUUGGCGGCAACCCCAAGAGGGCUUCGUGGUGUCUCCGUCGAUUUAAACAUCUCGUAUUUGGCGGCUGCAAAACUUGGUGAAACUAUUGUAAUCGAUGCGUCUGUUUUACGUUCCGGUAAAAAUCUAGCCUUCACACGUGCAGACAUUUUCCGGAAAUCCGAUAAUGCACUGAUCGCUGUCGGACAGCACACAAAGGCCUUCCCCGCAAAAUAG